AUGCCCCAGCAUUGCCGCUCCCCUAUCCUCGCCUCUUCGCUCUGGUUGGCAUCCGUUGCUAUGAUGGUGCAGCCCGCGGAAUCCUCAGCAGGUAACUACAGGAGACCGGUCCCGGGGGGGAAAGCUCAAGGGUUCACGGAAAGGACGCUUAUUCUCCUUGACGUGAACACUAGGAGUCCCAUUAAGACUCUGAAUGCAAACUUCCUUUCCCUGCAAUUGGACCCUUCUGUCAUUCAUGACGGCUGGCUCGACUUCUUAAGUUCCAAGCGAUUGGUGACGCUGGCAAGGGGUCUUGCCCCAGCCUAUCUGAGGUUUGGGGGGAAAAGGACAGACUUUCUUUACUUCCACAACCUAAAGAAUCUGGCCAAGCAUAGAGGAGGCCCGGGUCCAGACUACUACCUGAAGAACUAUGAAGAUGAUAUUGUGCGAAGUGACAUUGCCCUGGACAAGCAGAAGGGCUGCAAGCUGGCCAGUCACCCAGACAUCAUGCUGGAACUGCAGAGAGAGAAGGCUGCACAGAUGCAGCUGGUCCUGCUCAAAGAGCAAUUCUCCAACAUCUACAGCAACAUCACAAUAACAGACUUGUACACUGCAGAGGAUGUGGAAGAGUCCCAGGGGGCUCGACAGUUCCUCAGAGGUUUGUCUCAGGUUCCUGAAGAGGAGAGGGAGUGGCUGGAGGAGGAGCUGGCCUUCCAGGAGCUCACUGUGGCUCUGGAGGGGUUAAACAAUACAAUGUCUCUGAGCUGCCGUUUCCUCCCGGUCAAAGCUGGGCCCACACGCAAACCUCCCGCACCACUGCUGCUCGUCCUCUUCUGCUCCAGCUGA